AUGAUAAUCUUUCGGAAAUCUUUUUUCACUUUUUGGCUUUUGCUUAAUUCUGUCUUAGCUCUUGUUAUCACUCAAAACAGAGUCGAUCGUGGUACUCUUGACCUUAGCGUUGGAGACAUCACCAUCAAUUCUGGAGCUUCUUGGUCAAUUAUCAACAAUGCUAUAUCAACCCUUGUUGGAAGUUUAACUGUUCAGCCCAAUGCUGGUCUUUACAUUACCCUGACUUCACCCCUUUUGUCACUUCAAGUCACAUUAACUUCUUUGCUUAGCACAAUUCAAAACAAUGGUAUUAUUGCGUUCAAUUCCCUGCCUUCCUUAACAUCGUCCACAUAUAAUUUAGUUGGUUUAUCCCUUGUCAACACUGGAGAAAUGUAUUUUUCUGCUUCUGGUGUUUUACCUAGUGUUAUGGCUCUUACUGCUGCAUCUUGGUCAAACAGUGGAUUGAUGGCAUUUUAUCAAAAUCAAAGAAGUUCUGGUGUUGUUAGUCUUGGGACACCAUUAGGUUCAAUAACCAAUAAUGGUCAAAUCUGUUUGAAUAACGAAGUCUACCAACAGACCACCAGCAUCAAUGGUUCUGGUUGUUUCACUGCCAAUCGUGACUCGACAAUAUAUAUUGCCAAUGUAUUGUUACCAGUUUCCACAUCGCAAAAUUUUUAUUUGGCUGACAGCCAAUCUUCCAUAAUUGUUCAAGCUAUUUUAACCCCUCAAGUGUUCAAUGUCUAUGGGUUUGGUAAUGGUAAUAUGGUCGGGGUUACUCUUCCGUUGCUUGGUAAUAUAUUGAAUCCAGCAUAUAGUUAUAAUCCAUCCACAGGUAUUUUAAGAUUGAGAAAUCUUUUGGUGUAUCAAGAUUUUAAUAUUGGUCCUGGUUAUAAUCCUAGUUUAUUUCUGAUCGUUACUGACAAUGGUGCUGGUCUUCCCUCAACAAUACUCGGUUCGGUUUCUUAUAGUGGUCCUGUUCCACCAAGAGCUUUACCCGCAUCUUGUAAGAUUGCUUGUAAACCCGUGCCUACCGCGCCAGGAACUAAUCCAACCGAGUACACGACCACAAUAACAACAACAAAUUCUGCUGGUAAGCCAUUGACAGAAACUGGUGUGGUUGAUAUUCUGACUGAUAGUAACGGAUCAUGGUUCUCAAGUACUACAAUCUUUCCAACUUCGUCGUCAAGUAGUAGCAGUAGCAGCACUGUUUCUUCAACUGCUCCGUCAUCCUCAAGCACCAAACCUUCAUCCAGUAGCCAACCAUCUUCUACUCCACCACCAUCUUCAAGUAGUAAAGCAUCAUCAACUACUCCAAGCUCUAGUAGUCAAUCGUCUUCAACUACUCCAAGCUCAAGCAGUAAGCCUUCCUCAACUGUACCACCAACUGGCAGCAGUCAGUCAUCUUCAACUAUCCCAAGUUCCAGUACUCAACCUUCUUCUACUGCUCCAUCAUCUUUAAGUUCUCCAUCUUCUUCUACUACUCCAAGCUCCAGCAGUCAAUCUUCAUUUUCUGCUCAAAGCUCUAUUGGCCAGACAUCGUCUUCUACUGUAUCUUCGUCGAGUAGUCAACCAUCGUCUUCCCAGCCAUCAAGCAGUCAGUCUUCAUCCGCUACUACAAGUUCCAGUAGUCAGUUUUCUUCAAGUGCCCCACCGUCAAGUACACAAUCUCUGUUUACUGCUGAAAGCUCCAAUAGUCAAUUAUCAUCAACUACACCUAGUUCAAGUACUGAAGCUUCAUCUACAGUUCCAAGUUCUAGUAGCCAAUUGUCUUCGAGUGUUCCACUUACAAAUAGUGUGUCAUUGUCCAGUGUUUCAAGUUCCGAUAAUGGAUCCUCCUCAGCAAGCUCACCUUCAAGUAGUCAAUCAUCAAUUGCCUCGACAGCUGAGUCUUCGUCUACUUUUCCAAGCUCAAGUGACCAACAAUCCUCAUCUAUUCAAUCACCAAGUAGUCAAGAGUCUUCGGUAUCUCUGACUCCAACUAGCAGCUUGCAAUCUUCAACUAAUACCAUAUCAAGUAGUCAAGACUCUUCCUCAUUCUCACCAACAACUAGUGAUAAUUCGUCAACUAACUCGGCUUCAUCAUUAUCAACACUCAGUAGUUCAGAUACAUCAGUAUCUAAUCCAUCAACUAGUAAUGUAUCAUCAACUGAUAAUACUCAAUCUAGUGUUGCAUCCGCAACACCAACAGAUUCAGCAAUUUCUGCUACUUCAUCUGAUAUCACUACUGAAUUCACCACUACCUGGGAAGUAACCAACAGUGAUGGAUCUGUUUCAACUGAGUCUGGUAUUGUCAGUGAAUCUGGUACCUCAUUCACCACGAUCACUACGUUCCCACCACCAACCACCUCAUCUGAUAUCACUACUGAAUUCACAACCACAUGGGAAGUAACCAACAGUGAUGGAUCUGUUUCCACUGAGUCUGGUAUUGUCAGUGAAUCUGGUACCUCAUUCACCACGAUCACUACGUUCCCACCACCAACCACCUCAUCUGAUAUCACUACUGAAUUCACAACCACAUGGGAAGUCACCAACAGUGAUGGAUCUGUUUCCACUGAGUCUGGUAUUGUCAGUGAAUCUGGUACUUCAUUCACCACGAUCACUACGUUCCCACCACCAACCACCUCAUCUGAUAUCACUACUGAAUUCACAACCACAUGGGAAGUCACCAACAGUGAUGGAUCUGUUUCCACUGAGUCUGGUAUUGUUAGUGAAUCUGGUACUUCAUUCACCACUAUCACUACUUUCCCACCACCAACCUCAUCUAGUGUUGCUGCCGAUGUUACUACUGAAUUCACAACCACAUGGGAAGUCACUAACAGUGAUGGAUCUGUUUCCACUGAGUCUGGUAUUGUCAGUGAAUCUGGUACUUCCUUCACCACGAUCACUACCUUUGAACUUCCGGUUGUAUGUAAGAGAGAUGAUAUUUCAUGUGGACCUGCAACCUCAGCAACAAAUUCGGACACUGCAGCACAAGAUCCCACAAGUGAUGCCACUGCAAUUGAAUCUGAAUUCACAACCACUUGGACUACCACCAACUCUGAUGGUUCUGUUGAAACUAAUUCUGGUGUUGUCAGUCAAUCUGGUUCUUCCCUCACCACCAUCACCACAUUUGCACCAGACGCUACUUCAGAGUACACCACCUCUUGGACCACUACUAAUUCCGACGGCUCAGUUGCUACUAACUCUGGUGUUGUUAGUCAAUCCGGUACCUCAUUCACCACUAUUACUACCUUUGAACCUCCGGUUGUAUGUAAGAGAGAUGAUAUUUCAUGUGGACCUGCAACCUCAGCAAUGAAUUCGGACACUGCAGCGCAACAACUAACAAGUGGCAUGACUGCAACCGAAACUGAGUUUGCAUCUACGUGGGUAGUCACAAAGUCGGAUGGAUCGGUCUUUACUGAGUCCGGUAUUGUCGGUCAAUCAGGUACAUCAUUUACCACAUUGACUACUUUUGCUCCAACUACUUCAUCUGGCGCUGUUCAAACUGAAUACACAUCAACUUGGGAAGUCACUAAUACUGAUGGAUCAGUGUCUACGAAAUCCGGUAUUAUCGACCAGUCGGGUACAUAUUUUACCACAUUGAGUACGUUUGCUCCAACUACCAUUUCUGGUGCUAUUGAAACUGAAUUUACAUCAACAUGGGUAGCUACAGAUACUGAUGGUUUAGUGUCCACUAAGUCUGGUAUUGUUAGUCAAUCAGGUACAUCAAUCGCUACGUUGACAAUUUUCCCAGAACCAGCUGGUACAGUAUAUCCUGUGACCACUUUAUUCACCACAGAGUAUGUCACUACUUGUCCUAAUGGAGAAUUGUCUACUGCUACAGGUGUAGUUGUGGUUAGUACGGAUUCUAAAGGUAUUGAACAAACCGUUACAUCAGUUGUCCCAUCUACUGUGUAUACUAAAGAAACAGUGACUUCUAUAAUAACUCAUUGUAUCAAGAAUAAGUGUUUUGAAAGUACCACAACUUUGGUGAGUUCAGUUCCCUGUCCGACUCAAGUACCAGGUGUUUUUACGUCUACUGAUAAUGGCCAUGGGGUACCUAUCGCUAGUAUAGAUGUUACUACUGGGGCUGCUACUGUUUCUAAUACAAUUAAGGCUCAAGAUUCUACUGGUUUUACUAGUGCUGGUAAUGCAAUCACAACUGCUAUAACUGCUACUGGUGCAGUAACUACUUCUGUUGGUGGUCAAGGUUCUACUGAUUAUUCAAAUGCUGGUAAUACUAUAGCUGCAGGUUCUGGCUCUGACUCUGGUUCUGGUUCUGGUUCUGGUUCUGGUUCUGGUUCUAGUUCUAAUACUGUCGGCAUUGUUAAUCCUAAGGUUUCUUCUGCUGCCUCUGGUAUUACUGUUGCUGCUGCUUCUGCUUCUGCUGGACAAUCAUGGCCAUAUUCUUCUGGUGGUUCUGGAAAUGGUGUAUUGCCUCUGGGUGCAAACAAUGUUGGUUCAAAUCAAACACCAACUGUAAGUGGAGGUAAUAGUAAUCCAAGCACAGUAACUGGUGCUGCUGUCGGUGCUGGUGGUGUUGUUAGUGGUUCUCCUUCGUAUUCUGGCAACAGUCUUUUGAUUUCAUUUGUUUCAAGUCAAUCCGGAGCUAUUUCCAGUUCUACAGGAGUAACAAUUCCUAUUGCCACAGAAAAUAGUGGAUCUAAAUUUUCAGUGGGCAAAUCUGCGUUUAUUGCUAUCAUUUUGACAACUUUCAUUGGAUUUAUUUAA